CGCCGCCGCCGUCGCUGUCGCCCGCCCCAUGGCCGCCCCGCAGGACCCGCUGCCCCCAGACCAUGCAGCAAAAGAGCCAGUGGAGGAUACAGAUCCAAGCACUCUUUCCUUAACAGUGACUGAAAAAUAUCCUGUCCAAGACACAGGAGUACCUAAAGUCUUUGUCUUAGAUGAGGAAUACCUAACAGAUCAAGUUACAUUGGAAAUUGCAUCUGUGAACAUCAAGACCCUUACGUCAGAUUCUGGCCUAAUCCAGCAGCCAGAAGACAAAGACACGCAAAACCAUAGUGACGAAUCACUUACAGAUCUCAAGAAAACAUGCAAGGAAAAUGGCACCUGCUCCUUGUGCUUAUUUCGUGCACCGACCAUCAGUGACAUGCUCAAUGAUGAGGACUUGUUGUACACAGUGAGGCUAAAGCUGGAUCCCUGCCACCCAACAGUGAAAAACUGGAGAAAUUUAGCAAGCAAGUGGGGGAUGACUUAUGAUGAAUUGUGUUUCCUUGAACAGAAGCCCCAAAGUCCCACCUUGGAGUUCUUGCUACGGAAUAGUGACAGAACUGUGGAGCAGCUGAUUGAUCUCUGCUUCCUACGCAGAAGAGGAAUGAAAAAGCCAGAGCACUGGUUUUACUGCAGCAGUUGUGAACCAUGUCUGUUGUGUGCUGUUGCUAUUGGGAAAGCCACAAUUAGAAGGCAAGUCUCUUGGCCUUUCUGGCAGCCCUUCCACGAUUUUAUAUGUUCUACCUAGGAGAUGAUGAGGUUUUGGUUGGGGUUUUUUUAUUAUUUUUUUUUAAGCUUUAUGACACUGUUUUUGGCACAGCAACACCUCAGUGUUCCAAGUAGCAGUUUGGAUUUGCAUGUUACAAUUAAUUCAAUGUUUCAACAUCACAUUCAGGCAAAUUAAGCUUUAAAUCUCCUUUAUAAACAAGAAUAGAUGUUAAACAAAAUAAUUAUUUGCAUACUUCUACAUCAUAGGGCAUAUAUUUGCUAUACAAGAAAUAAUGCAAUUCAGAGAGACUUUCCAGCCCAUAACCACUAGGGACCAAAAAUGCUUUAUACUUAAAAUUACUUUCCAAAGUUUUGAAGACAAUAUACACUCUGAGUGCACUUAUCUGUUUAUCUCAAAUGCCUCUUGCUUUGCAGUGUGAGGUGACAGCUAAUGCCUCACCCACAGUAUAUCCUUAGUAUUGACUAUAACUUCCCUUUUCACAGGCUGUGGUUUUCUUUACAGUCCUGUGGGUUGACCUACUUUCUGUCCCACACCAAAGUAGUUGCACACUUGCAUGAAACUACCACAAGUUUAUGUAUUGAUUAAAGCCACUCUAAUGGGAAACUAACAGGUGAAUUCAUCUACAGUCCAGGUGGAUGGUUAUUAAAGCACUUAGGGUGGUAUAAACUGCUGUUUCUCAAAGAAUUCUGAUACUCUGAAUUACACUGUUUACAUCUUAAGUAUUUUAGAAAUUGGUCUUUUUCCUACCAUUCUUCUGUGUUCUAAUGUUUUAAAAGAACUCCUGAAAAAUCAGUUAUACAAUACGAUGUAUAAAGUACUUACAGCUAUAAUGCCACACACAAAAAUGUUGUGACUUAAAAAUACUUAUAGUUGUUACUCUUACUAAAAGCAUCUCAGACAAUACUACUAUGUACAUAGGUGUAUAUUCCAAAGCACUGGUGAACAGUAUGUCAAGAUGUGGGGCAAAACUAGAAUGGGAAACAGGUUGAUGCACUGUUUACUUUUCUUGAGUAGAAAUAACUAAGAAUUAGUAGCAAAGCUGAGGGAAGUCUAAUGCUGUAUACUGAGUUUCUUACUGUAAGAGAAUGAAAAGGGACCUCUAGUAAUACUGUAUUAUAGAUACUGAGCGAUAUGGUUACAGAGGAGCUAGAAGUAAAGACUAACAUUUUCAAUGUCAGGUAGUAGUUCUGGGGUGACAUAAAUUAGCUUUAUUUUAGUGACUUCAAGAAGCUGAAGACUAGUUUCAAGGUGAAAAGAAUGACCUAAAUUUGAGGUUUGAGUUUUUUCUUUUUUUAAAAGCUUGUGGAAGACUGGAAUUUUUAAUAACUCUUUUUUUUUUUUUUUUAACCAUUCCUCAAAAAAGCUGCUGCUCUUUAGAACAGUAAGUAUUCUAGCCAUAUUUUAAAGAGGAAAUUUUACUGCUGUAUCUUGUUGGGGCUGCAGUUCAAAUGUUUCAUGUUCCUCUUCUAAGAACAGGGGUUUCGCGAUACAUGUCUGUCAACUCUAACUUUUGCAAAUGAUCUUCUGUCUUUAGUUAGGAGCUCUAGAAUCAGCUUUGAGGACUACUGCUGUGGGUGGGCUGCCUGCUAUUUUCAGUUCCUACAGAGGCAUCCAUUGUGUACGUGCAAAUAGCUCAUAAUGCAGCUUGUUCAACUUAUUCCCUAUACCUUGGGCCUACUAUACGCAUGAUUUAGGAUCAUGUGUCUGUGUGUUAAGUUGUUCUGAGUGAUGAGUGCUGGCAUGUAUGCCAACAGCUUUUCUCUCCCAUAACAUACCACAGCUAUAGGUGUGUGAUAUUAUAGUAUGCUGUGCUUUGGUAGAUCCAGUCCAGCAAGGACCUGGAGCCGUCACCUAAGACUCACAAUGGGAACAUGAAAUGAUGCAGCAGCAUUUCUGAAUCAAAAUGUUCAACUGAAAUCUACCCCUUUUCCUGUUUUCUGGCUAAAACUUGUAAAAUUUUGAAGAAACACUGUUGUCCUAUGGAAAUGAGUUCUGAUCUUUUGAAGCUCUUGAAAAGUCCAUGUCAGCUGCAAGGACUCAUGUCUGGUGGAAAUAAAGCUGCUUCUGAGAGUUCAUAUGUGGGUUCUGUAUAAAUUCAACACUGGAGGUUGAAAAUGUUAGCCUUAAACUUCGUCACACACUGGAUUACUUAUUAGUAUACUUGAAAUAUUUUUUUCCUCUUUGUAUGGCAUGAAUUGAGAUGUACACACUUUUUUUAGUUUUAUAUCUGUUUACAAGAUAUUGGGUCUGAGUGUUCAGUUUAUUCUUUUAUCUUCUGUUAUAAUGUAUACUAUUUUUAGAAGAAAUAUAGAUUGUCAAUGUUUGACUUUAUUGCAUUUGUUUUUAUUACAGCUAGGAAAACAGCUGUUUUCCUUCUCACCAGUCAC